GAUUUAAUUUUCAAAUGUUACUAGAAAUUUAAAUUAAGACGCCAAAUUAAGUCAUAUUUGCUUUUAAAGGAAGAAAAUCUUUAAACUUUUGCAUUGGAAAUGUUGUUCUUUCUUUUUCCUAUAAAGUUGAAACUGUGAUAAAUUAUGUUCCGUCCUCGACACAGUUCGACCCACAAUGGACAUCUGUUGGAAACAACAACUUUUGGAGCAUAUACAAAUUUAAAAAAUCAGAAAUAGCACUGUCAAGUUGCCCUGCUAUGUCAACAUGAUGGGUAUAUGGAACAGCAGGAACACAGAAAUAUAACUGUUGUUAAACAAAAGCAUUACACGCCAAAUAUCUAAAAUCGAAACAAUCAGAAUGACGACAGUGAAGAAUUCAGAAAAACCAAGUCAUCUACCGAAAGACUGGGAAGAUGACCUUAAGAUGACCGUUAUGUUUUCUCCAUUUCGAGAUAAAAAUCUUAACCCUAAAUCCUGGGAUCAGAAAGUAAAAUUCUGGUCAGAGCUUAUUUUAGAAGAUUGUGUACAAUCGAAGCAGGCUAUCGUUGAUGUGGUACAGCUGAAAGAGAAAUUUCGUCGGAAGGGGAAGUCGCCAUCUGGCUUGGAAACGGUGAUUCAAGAAAUGAUAAGCAAGGGGCAGUUAAAAAGAUUGUCAGACAUUGAAAUAUCAAACACUGAAGGCUGGUUGUCAUGGGGAUACAGUAAGUUGGUGAAGAAACCCAUUGGCUGGAGUAUGAAGUGGUUGUCAGGGCAACAAGAAGACAAUGUCAAGGACACUUUUGUAGUCAUGGAGGUCAUUAAGGAUAAAGCCAGACAGCUGCUGGAGAUAAGGCACAGGCUGGUGCAGACAGACUCUAUGAAUAUUGUUGAAUACAGUCACCUUCAUGACCAGCAUCAGGAAUUAUGUCCAACAGACACAGAGUUCUCGCUGGUGAUGAGGGAACUGGUAGACAGUAAGGAAGUUGUGAUACAGCAAGCUGAGGCUGAUACUAAACUAGUAAAAUUUAUACAGAAAGACAAAAAAGAAAAGAAAGUUGAAAAAAUAAAUGAACAAGACAUGCAUAUACACAGAAUACAGAAAGCACAUUCAGAGGUGAAGAGACAGGUCGAAGUGUUGUCAACUGAAGUGCAAAGACUAGCAACAGAAGCUGUGUCAUACAAACAGAAAGGAAUGACAAAAUUGGCAAUGAGUUGUAUGAGGAAGAGAAGGUUGGCCCAGUUGAGAAUUGACAAACUGACUGGUUCAAUGGAGACAUUGGAGGAAAUUUUGUAUAGAAUUAAACAAGCUGAGUCUAACGAAAUGAUUGUGAAGGCAAUAGAAGGAGGUACAAGUGUGUUACGUGACCUGACCAGCAAAACAGCAGCAGAUGAUGUGAACACUGUGAUGGAUAACCUAGCAGAUGUUACUCAGACACAAGAAGACAUUAUGGCAGAACUUGGUACCACAAGCUUUAUAGAUGAACCGUCACAGUCUGAAUUAGAAGAUGAACUGUCAAUCAUCCUGAGUGAGAACACGCCCCCAAAGAAAAGCUUUAAGACGGGUGGUGUAGAUUCUGACAUCGAGAGAGAACUAGAUGAAAUUUUGAAUGAAACUGAUGAAGAUAGCAAUAUAAUGAACUCCAGUAAAGGACUUGAAGAAAUGUUAGAUGAUUUGCAGUUGCCAGAUGUACCCAGCUCCUCGCCAUCAAAACCAAGACAAGAUAGAAAGCUCCUAACUUCAUGACAACAAUGCAUCUGUGUAGUUAAUAUGCAAUAAUGAUUAUGAUAACACAUCUGUGUAUAUAAAUUGAGAUAAUAAUAGCACAUCUGUGUAGAUAAAGUGAGAUAAUUAUGAAAACACCAUUGCUUAGUUAAAAUGAGAUAAUUAAGAUAACAACACAUAUCUAUGUACAGUUAAAGUGAGAUAAUUGUAACAACUUAUCUGUGUAGAGCAGAUAACUGUGAUAAGAACACAUCUGUGUAGUUGAAAUGUGAUGGUUAUAUCUUGUAUGUUAUACAUGCAUGACAGAAAAUAAUUUCAAUUAUGAUUUUAUACUUAUAUGAUGUGGUAAUGGGAAAUGAGUUAUUUAUUACUUAAGGAAUACAGGAAAAAAUUCAGGUGGGAACUUGGUAUCUCAAACUCUCUUACGUCAGAAAUUCAAGCUAUAUCAUAGAUUUUCCCUUAGUAAAAUGUAUUUUCACUCGAUUUUAGUUAAAGUCGCCAAGUGUGACUUUGCUUGUGUGAAAAUCAAUCUGAAGUCCUGUCAGUCAAAUUCCUUUGUAAUUAUAUAUUGAUAUGUAAAAUUUUGUUUCCAAAAUAACUUAGGCGUGAUCGUGCAUGGCAAAUUUAAGGCAAGAAAAAAGUACUGUUAAGGUGAAUUUCGGUUAUCUGGAUGAAAAACUCUCGUUUCCUCGGAAUUUGAGACACUGAGUUUCAACUGUAUUGUGUGAAUCCUGGUAUUGACGCAAGUUUUUAUUUCAAAUGAAUCACUGUGCCAUUCAGAGGGGUUUACAAUGUACAUUAGUGAAUGUAACUAUGUUGUUUUUUAAUACAUAGUCAAACAAAGCCAUUGUACAGUAAAUGCUUUUCAUGUAUUAAGAGUUUUUUGCAAUGCAUACUUUUUGCAAAAUAUUUAUAUAAAGUGCUUUUGAUGGUAAAGACACCAAAAUACCUCAAAAAUAGGCAUUUUUAAGAGUUUAAAACUGACCGUUUUUAGAAUAUUUUGGUAGUAAAUGUAUUGUAAAUUAAUCUUUGGUAACCUGCAAUGUUGUGCUAAAUUUUACUACAUUUGAUAAAAUCAAAUAAGUAAUGAAAGGGCAACAACCUUUCUGAUCUUACUUCUUAUAAGAAAGUUUUUAAAAUUGUUAUAAACUUGUGCAAUUUUUAAUAAAGAUAUUUUAUAAAUCAACAAAAAA